AUGGCAUCGGGCAGUGUUUGGAGAGUUUGGAUUGUGUGGCUGUUGUUGUCCGUGACCCUGAGCCUGGGCUGUGAGAGGCUGCAGUUACUGCAUGAUCUCAGUACAAAGACUCUGGACAAACUGGAUGAAAUGACCCACGAGAAGAUGCAGGUUGUCCACCAAACACUGCGGCAAACCCACGAGAUGUACGGCAUGGGUCUGGGUUCUGUCCCGUGGCCCCACAAAGAGGUGGAAAGUUUUAGGCUUCUCCUUGAUGGGCAGCUCAGAGAGCUGGAAGAAUGCGCCUCGAAAUCAGUACCGGACGCUCGGCCAAAGAGAAAGAUUGCAAUUGACAAAUAUUUUAGAAAACUGCGAAGCUUUCUUAAACAGAAGAAAUUUGCCGACUGUGCCUGGGAAAUAAUCCGUGCCGAGACAAGAGCCUACUUACAGCAGAUUCUUCUCAUCGUGGCAAAAAGUGGAAGGAACUGA